CUGCGGCCGGUUUCAGACGCGCUUUUCUCCGCUUCCGAGCUUUCGGACCGUUUGAAUUUCGUCCGCGUUCGUUAGUUAGUUAGUUUAUGCGUUCUGUUAGUUUCUUUUUUUUAUCAUCGGGUGUGAGCUGCUGUGAAUGAUCGAUGUUUUUUUUUUGAGGAAAUAGAAAAAGAAAACUCCAACGCUUGCUUUGUUUCGUGAUAAUUCGACCAAACUGUAGUAGUAGAGUGAAAAGAAGAAAAAAAAUACAGCAGAAGCAGCAGUACGGUGAAUUACUUAGUGCAACAAUUGUCUCCCUCCUCUGAGAAAAAAUAGAGGGAAAUAGAAAAAAAGCUUUUAAAACUAGCUUUUCCACUACGAACGGUGUCAAGCAGGAGGGUGGUGAUCCGAGAUAGAGAAUAAGAGAAGCACGGGUGUCAAGCCUAAGGAAACGAGGAAGUCGCCGGUUCGGAUUUAUUUUGACAUCGUGCUGACCCAGAUUUGCUGCGGCUGGUUUGCGGAGGUUGGUUGUUGUAUGCAACCGAUUAGAACAGCUGAUAAUUCACUUUGACUCCAGCGUCUAGGAGGCAACGAGGAGAGCCCAGUUUUCGGUGCAACUUCGCCGUCACUGUUUCCGAGGAAAAGUCCACAAGUAAAUAAAACCCGUACGUGAUGCGGGUUCCGUCGGUUUGGGCACUGGUGACACUGUCGUCGCUAUGUUCGGCGGCGGACAUCCUGAUGAUUACGAUGGGAGGCACCAAAUCGCACAAAAUACCCUUCUGGGAGUUGGCCAAAGGACUGAUACCGAGAGGACACAACAUCACCUUCGUCAGUGGUUUCCCGGCCGACUUCGCCAUGAACGGUCUGCAGGAAAUCACCCCGUCCGGACUGGUCGAGUACAUCCGUAACUACACCAACUGGGACCUGCUGGGGGCCCGGAUGCGUGGCGAUCUCCCCCUGUCGCUGUGGGACGUGUUCCGGUACGCGUGGCAAGCCUGCGACGCUACCCUGGAAGACAAGGAAGCGAUGGAUCUGCUGGGGAGAAAGUUCGAUCUGUUGAUCCUGGAUGGUGCCUACCCGGAGUGUGCCCUGGGAUUGGCGUACCGACUGGGAGCCCCGUACAUGUACAUCAACACGGUCGGAUUCUACACCGGCACAAUGUCGCUGGCCGGAAACCCGUCGCCGUAUUCCACGAAUCCCGUGUUCUAUCGACCGCUGACCGACGACAUGGACUUCUUCCAGCGGGUUAUGAACACCAUCUUCAGUGUUUUUACUCUGCCGAUACAAUAUGGAAGUGUUGCCGUAUUGCAGGUAAUUCUUCGAAAGCACCUCGGAUCGGACAUUCCGAAUGCGUGGGAUCUUUCUCGGAACGUGAGUUUCAUCCUGCAGAACGGUCACGCUACCGUGACCUAUCCGCGUCCGAAUCUGCCGAACAUCGCCGAAAUCGCUUGUAUCCACUGUAAACCGGCGGGUCCUCUGCCGAAAGAUCUGGAAGAUUUUAUCGCCGGAGCAGGUGAGUCCGGCUUUAUCUACGUGUCGAUGGGUUCCUCCGUUAAGGCGGCCAACAUGCCGGAUCAACUGCGAAAGCUGUUGAUUCAGACGUUUGCUCGGUUGCCCUAUCGAGUGCUGUGGAAGUACGAAUCCAGUGCAAGCAUCAAAGAUCUACCGUCGAAUGUUAAACUGGGACGUUGGCUACCGCAACAGGAUAUCCUCGGUCACCGGAAGUUGCGUGCCUUCGUGACACACGGUGGCCUGCUCAGUAUGUUCGAAACGGUCUACCACGGCGUCCCGGUGGUGACGAUGCCGGUUUUCUGUGAUCACGAUUCGAAUGCGGCCAAAGCGGAAACCGACGGCUACGCACUUCAGCUGGACUUGACGACGCUGACCAGUGAACAACUGGUGCGGGCUAUCCAUCGGGUGAUACACGAUCCAAAGUAUCGAAACGAUGCCAAGCGUCGUCAGAUGCUACUCCGAGACCAAAGAACGACCCCUCUGGAGACGGCCAUCUACUGGACGGAGUACGUGUUGCGGCAUAACGGAGCGUACCACCUGCAGACGCCAGCGAGGAAUCUCACAUUCAUCUCUUACUACGGUUACGAUGUCGUCUGUUUCUUCCUGAUAACAGCCUACCUGCUCCGCCUGGUGAUCCGAAGGGUACUGAAACCCCAGAUGAUACAACUUUCCAAGGAGAAAAUUCACUAGAGCAAACAAACGAACACACACACACACACGCACCGCCAUUUGUGAGUGGGCUAACGAGUCAAGGACAAUCCAAACACCCGAAGCAACACACACCAAAAUCAAGUAAAGUUAAAAACAAAGUGUACUGCAAUCUACAGCAGCAAAAUGACAGGAUGUGAAACUUUCCGCCUAUCGACUGGAAGGAGGGAAACAAAAAAAAAGGGAAAAUCUUUUUGAUUCUAUAGAUGAAAUGCCGACCCAAUCACCGAUAAACAGAAACGCCCCAUCAUGGAACUAAAAUUUCUCGACCAACUUCUGCAAACUGUCAGCGAAGACAAAAAAAAAAGAAAUGCAAACCGGAAGCGUGUACCGUCUGAGUGUCUAUGAUGGUAUGGCAAAAUCAACAGCUACUUUGAUUGAACGAAAAACAUGGGUGCUUAGUACGAAGGGAGGAAGAUAAAAGUCAGGUUCAAGUGAACCGAAUAAGCAAUCUCCGAAUUUGUUCAGAACUGUGCGCAGCUAUUCAUUUUGGACUGGUGGAGCGAAAAACGUUUCGUCGUGCAAAUGAAAAUAUUUUACUUUCCAUUCUGCUAGGUUUUUUGGUUUCAAAAUUUGGCUUUUAUUCUUAGCAUAGAUAGCAUAGUGCCGUGCCACUGGAAGGUUUGCUCAAGCAAUAUUUAAUAUUAUUUCUAAGCGGCGCUAGCUUGGCUGGAAAAUGGACCAGACCAGAAGGUCCCGGAGAUGAGCACAGAAUCAACAAAAACAUCUCGAGCAACGGUUAUUUCAACAAUUGUGAUAGUGGAAAAAAAAGGUUUCAUCACGUUCUAGACUAUAAGCAAGUUUUAAUCGGUUCUGCUAGUACAACUAGGAAGUGUGGGUUUUCUAUUUUAACAAAAUCGUUAGUUUCUCGUUAGAUGGGUAUGCUGCCGUACAGCAAAUUCAAUAAUUUAUUUGUCCCAGUCAGUGGUAGAAUGUAGAUUUACUUUAACCAAACUUCAUAGGUUUUGUUCUGUAUUGAACAGGAAGUGAACAUUUGCUUUUCAGCUUCAGUUUUAAGUGUGUACAUAUGAUAAUCUCUAUCUUUAGUUUGCAAAACAAGAAAAGUGUACAUAUUAGGGUAAUAAAAGUGAUGAAAUGAAACGUUUGUCUCUGCUAUUCUUCGACCGAUGGUUUAGCAAGUAUUACUGUACCAAACUGGUAAUCGCUUUCCAAAUCUAAAAUUUUUACCGCGCUA